UAUAAAUAUCCAUUGCUCACUGCACUAAUAAGCUCCCUCUGCCUUAAAAAAAAAUAUAAAAAAUGUCACUUUCAAUAGUGGCCUGCGCUCUUCUGCUGACGGCGUUGGCUUCUUCACAAUUUGUUGAUGGAUUCUACACUUCCAUUUUUGCUUUUGGCGAUUCCCUCUCCGACACCGGAAACUAUAUUUCUUUAACCUCCGACGGAGUUUUACAGUAUGAUGGGAUUCCCAGUUGCAGCGUUCUUCCUUACGGGGAAACAUUCUUCCACCAUCCCACCGGCCGCUGCUCCGACGGCCGUCUGAUCAUAGAUUUCAUUGCGGAGCACUAUGGGCUUCCACUUCUGCCGCCGUAUAGCGGUGGCGGAAAUGCAAAUCCUGGAGGAGGUGUGAACUUCGCGGUGGUUGGAGCUCCAGCUCUGAGAGAUGAUGUCCUUGAGGCAAACGGGAGUUACUCUCGCGACAAUAUCUCGAUGAUGUCUCAGAUCAACAUGUUCAAAAGCCUGCUCCCAUCUAUCUGCAAAACCUCAAGUUGUGACGAAAUAUUCGAGAAAUCAUUAAUAGUUUUUGGGCCUUUUGGAGGCGACGAUUAUGCUUCUGCCAUUUUGAGUAAGAGGGUUGAGGAUGCUCUUCGCCUCCGGCCUCUGGUUAUUAACGCUGUUGCAUCUGCAAUUGAGGAACUAAUUAAGCUAGGUGUUGUAAACCUCAUGGUGCCUGGGAUGUUGCCAGAUGGGUGCAUGGGAGUUUCAUUAACAGUUUAUUAUGGUUCAAAUGAAGAAGAUUAUGAUCCGAUUACCGAUUGUCUCACUUGGCUCAACGAAUUUGCACAGAAACAUAAUGAAUUGCUUCGAAAAGAGUUAACACGGAUUCAACAGCAUUAUCCUAAUGUUUUUAUUACUUAUGCUGAUUAUUACAAUGCUGGAUUACAACUCUUUCUCUCCCCCGAAAAAUAUGGUUUUAAUAAUGAAACUGGACUUAUUGCCUGUUGCGGAAGUGGAGGUCCAUACAAUGUGAACGACGAUGCAAAAUGUGGGUACCCAUCCUCACAUGCCUGCAAUGAUCCUUCAUCUUAUAUUGAAUGGGAUGGUGCGCACUUGACACAGGCAGCAUAUAGGUGGAUUGCUAAGGGUUUGCUAAGUGGGUUAUAUACUUACCCAAAUAUUACUGCCCCCUCGUCUUCUACUUCUGCUAUGGGGAUGUAACAAUUGUUAUUAUGCUAUGGUUUUUGGAGUGUUAUGUAUGGGACGAAAACUUAAAUAAUUUUAAAAUGCGAUAAAAAUAUUUAUUAUAAAAUAUAAAAUGAUUGGAACGAAUUUCA